AUGGCGACCGCCGUGGUUGGAACGAAGAGACCCUUUGCGGUGAUGGAGGAGAUGCAGCCUUCUCAAGAGACCCCAUAUUCUCUCUUCCGCCGGACUCCUAAUACUUUGGUGUCUAGAACAGAUGAAUCUUCGGCCAUCGACCUGUCGAGAACAUUCGAACCAAACGCUUCUUUGGUACUCGUUGGAGUUCGUGGCACUGGGAAAUCCACACUAGCAGUCAUAGCAUCUGCAGCAUUUCAGAGGCGUGUAGUUGAUGUGGAUAAGUUCUUUCAGGAGACGACUGGACAUUCUAGUGCAGCCCACCGGAAACUACAUGGAGCCUUUGAGCACAACCGCCGUCAGGAAGAGGUGCUCAGAUCCGUGCUCAAUACCUAUAAUCGGGACUGUAUCAUCGUCUGCAAUGCAGGCUCGAUGGAACGCAGCGGACAAAGCCUCUUACGAGAUUACGCCGCCACACAUCCGAUAAUCCACGUAGUUCGAGAUUCCAAGAGCAUACACGCUUAUCUCAAGAUUCGGGAAGAAAGUAAGCUCACCGGUCUACUUGCCAUUAGCGGGCCCAUAUUUCGAGGCUGUUCCAAUUACGAAUUUUACAAUUUCUCCGAAACCCAAUCGAAUCACUCCCAGCAAGAAGAGCAUUCAGGAAAAUCGUCCGGAGACCGGACGUCCGUUCAUGAAGCGACACCUCCUUUUCUGGCUCUAAAACGCGCGGAACGACAUUUUUUGAAAUUCGUCGCGUUGAUCAUAGCGAGAGGCAAAGUGCCCUCACUGGAACCGGCUUACCCGCUGUCUCUAGUGCCCACAGAGCUCAGACGAUUUACUUGCGCCAUUGCAGUGCCUUUCUCUAAACUUACAGCCGAAGACUUGGACAUUGAGGAUCUGGAGAUUGGGUCUGAUGCGGUUGAAAUUGUGAUCGAUGAUCUCCAAAAGACAUCUCCGUCGAUGAUGGCUUCUUCGUCCGCACAGGAGCUUACACCUGCAAGAGCGGACCAGAUAAGCCGCACCAUUUCAACUGUAAGGAGAACAGUGAUUGUUCCCAUCAUCUUCCACGUCCACGCAGACUCAGAAAUUUCUUCGAGCCAUCGGUCGACAUAUCUGGAACACUUGCGGCAUGGAUUGCGGCUCGCCCCCGAGUUUUGCACGAUCAACCUUUCACUGGAUGACGAAGUAAUCGUCCAGAUAUUGAGCAUCAAGGGCUCAACGAAGAUGAUCGGUCACCUAAACACAUCCAAUUACGAAGCACCGGACUGGUCGGACCCUUUUUGGACGGACAACUACGAAAGAGCGAGAAGACUUGGUUGUGACCUUGUGCGGUUUACGCGCCCAGCGCGGUCAUUAGACGACAACUUCUCGAUUCGGAUCUUGAAAGAGAAGUGCGGAGCACUUGCUGAGCCAUCCAUUCCUCUGAUAGCCUACAAUACUGGCCAUCUUGGUCGUGUAUCGAUCUGCUUCAACGAAGUAUUCACUAAUGUUACGCAUGAAGCUUUGCAACAUUCAACCAAAGACCAUCUAUCAUCUCCGACUCUCUGCGGGCCUCACAUUACGGCACAGGACUCUACUCGGGCGCUUUACGCGUCUUUUGUCUUUGAUCCAAUGCAAAUAUACAUCAUUGGUGCAAGCGCUGGCUACAGUUUAUCACCUGCCAUGCACAACGCAGCCUUUCAAAAAUGCGGACUACCGCAUCACUACCAAACACACCAGACUCCGUCCCUGAAUAGCUUGAAGUCACUGGUAAACGAUCCCAACUUUGGGGGCGCUUCUGUCAGUUUACCAUUCAAGCUUGAGGUUAUCUCAUUGACCCAUUCCCUAAGCCGACAUGCAAGGGCAAUAGGCGCGGUCAAUACCCUCAUACCAGUGCGGAACCUCAACCCAGACGGCAGUAUUCCGGAUGAUCUGAGCCUUUUCAACGAGCGCUGUCGAGCAGGCCCCGUCAAAGCAUUAUACGGUGACAACACCGACUGGAUAGGCAUCCGAUCCUGUAUUCGAAGAGGCCUUUCUCCCGCAAAUGCGGUAAGACCAAGGACGACCGCCUUAAUCAUUGGUGCUGGCGGAAUGGGCAGAGCCGCCGCCUAUGCUAUGCUGCACCUCGGAGUCAAGAAUAUCGUCAUCUUCAACCGGACCAUAGCCAAUGCAGAAAACUUAGUAGCUCAUUUUAAUCGGCUUGUGUCUAGCUCAGAUGCUAAAUUGUUGCCAUCCUCCAAGUCACCAGAGACAAGGCCACUCUUCCGCAUAAUCAAAUCUCGAGAAGAGUCCUGGCCUGACGACCUCCGUUACCCAACUAUCGUUGUCUCAUGCAUACCCACGCAUCGUCUCGGAGAUAGCCCAGCACCGAACUUCACCCUUCCCCCUCAGUGGAUCAAGAGCCCGACUGGGGGCGUCCUUGUUGAAAUAGCCUACAAAACGCUUCAUACACCCCUUCUUCAGCAAUUCCGCGCGGAAUCACAUAGAGGUUGGGUUUGCAUGGAUGGCCUGGACCUUCUUCCUGAGCAAGGCUUUGCGCAAUUCGAGCUGUUUACUGCACGAAGAGCACCGCGAAGAUUGAUGAGAGAAGAGGUCCUGCGACGCUUCACUGACGCUGAGGGUCAUACGGAUCCCGAGGUCAUCCAAACAAGAUUGGAAGGCAUUGAUGAUCAAGAUACUUGAGAAAUACUAGAAACGGCCCCAUGCCUGGUGAUUGUUGAGGGCGUAAUUCUGCAUGUCUGGGCGCAUUUGCGAGAAAUGGACGAGCUUAACGAUAUACCCAUAAACAUUCAAUAUGAUGUGUACAAAUAUUACUCUUAACAUGAAGGGCGACUCUAAUUUCGCAAUGUUUAACGGCUAGCUAUCAUAUCACGCCAUGCUUAACACUUCUUUCUAGUUCUACACGUGCAUACAUUCUAGUUAUGUUUCAGCACCU